AUAUGUCCAGCAGAGGGAGACACAGACCGAUCAGACCUCUGGGUGCAGAGCAGAGACACACACAGUAACUCCACAUCUGAAAAACAGAACUUCUAAACAGGAGACAUCUCUGUAUGUUCUGUUCAAAUGGACUCUUCUUCUGAUUCCAGCUCCUACAACAUGGACCCACCUGGACCUGGCCCCGGGUCUAAACUCAGACCUAAACCUGCUCCCAGCUCUGUGUCUCUGAAAAGUGACCGCUCCAAACGCAAUCCUCCAGACUUUAGUGAAGCUCGUCCUGAAGAUGAGAGGGAGCCAGGCCCAAAGGAGCAGCUGGACGCCAUAUUCAGGCGUCUGGAGGAGGACGUCCUGACUUUUUGUCAAAGAGAGCAGCUGCAGAGGCUCCACAGGCUCCUGGCCUCAGAUUACCCAGAAUGCUCUGAGAGUGAGGAGGAGGAGCAGAGCAGCAGAGAGGUUCUGAACAUCACCCUGGACUUCCUGAGGAGGAUGGACCAGGAGCAGCUGGCCCAGCGCCUGCAGAACAUAAAGAUGUUUUCAGGAGGUGUUUGUGGAGAUAAACUGAAGUGUGAUCUGCAGCAGAGGUUCAGUCGUGUGUUUGAGGGCGUGGCUAAAGCAGGAGACUCCGCCCCCCCGACCCAGAUCUACACAGAGCUCUACAUCACAGAGGGCGGAGCCUCAGAGGUCAACCAGGAACAUGAGGUCAGACUCAUGGAGACGGCGUCCAGGAGACCGGCCGCUCCAGAGACCAUCACAUGUGAAGAGCUCUUUAAACCCCGCCCACAUUCACCACAGCCAAUCAGAUUUGUGCUGACGAAGGGCGUGGCCGGCGUGGGGAAAACAGUGCUGACUCAGAAGUUCAGUCUGGACUGGGCUGAAGGCCGGGCCCACCAGGACCUCCAGCUGCUGUUCCCGUUCACUUUCAGAGAGCUCAAUGUGCUCAGAGACACACAGUUCAGCCUGGUGGAGCUGCUGCACCACUUCUUCAGUCCAUCCAAACAUCUCUGCAGCUUCCAACAGCUCCAGGUGCUCUUCAUCUUUGACGGUCUGGACGAGUGCAGACUUCCUCUGGACUUCAGCCGAACCCGAGUCCUGACCGACCCCACAGAGUCCACCUCAGUGCACGUGCUGCUGGUGAACCUCAUCAGGGGGAGUCUGCUUCCCUCCGCUCUCCUCUGGAUAACCACACGCCCCGCCGCGGCCAAUCAGAUCCCUGCUGAGUGCGUCUCCAUGGUGACAGAGGUCAGAGGGUUCACCGACCCACAGAAGGAGCAGUACUUCAGGAAGAGGUUCAGAGACCAGGCCACAGCCGUCAUCUCCCACAUCAAGAGCAUCCGCAGCCUCCACAUCAUGAGCCACAUCCCGAUCUUCUGCUGGAUCCUCUCCACAGUUCUACAGAAACUUCUGGAACAAACAAAGCUGCCCCAGACUCUCACACAGAUGUACGUCCACUUCCUGGUGGUGCAGGUCAAAGUCCAGAACAUCAAGUAUCACCAGGGAUCAGGGGAGGACCUUCACUGGACUCCAGAGACCAGGGAGAUGGUGAAGUCUCUGGGAAAACUGGCCUUUGAGCAGCUGCAGAAAGGAAACCUGAUUUUCUACGAGAGUGACCUGAGCGAGUGUGGGCUGGACGCUGCAGCGGCCUCAGUGUACUCCGGAGUGUUCACACAGGUCUUUAGAGAGGAACCAGGCCUGUACCAGGACAAGGUCUACUGCUUCAUCCAUCUGAGUGUGCAGGAGUUUCUGGCUGCUCUUCACGUCCAUCAGAUCUUCUACAGCUCUGGAGAGAACCUGCUGAACACAUCACACUCCUUUAAGAGUCCUAAGUCUGAGGCAGCCUUCUACCGCUCUGCUGUGGACCAGGCCUUACAGAGUCCAAACGGACACCUGGAUCUGUUCCUGCGCUUCCUCCUGGGACUGUCUCUGCCGACCAAUCAGAGGCUGCUGCAGGGUCUGCUGACUCAGACAGGAAGUAAAAAGACCAAUCAGGAGACAAUAAAUUACAUCAAACAGAAGCUGAAUGAAAAGGGUCUGUCUGCAGAGAGAAGUCUGAACCUGCUCCACUGUCUGAACGAACUGAAUGACCACAGUCUGGUGAAGAAGAUACAGAUGUACAGGAAUGGCAGACUACUCUCAGGCUUAAAUUCUCCUGCUGAGUGGUCGGCUCUGUCCUUCCUCUUACUGUCCUCAGACUCAGACCUGGAGGAGUUUGACCUGAGGAAAUACCAGAGCUCAGAGACAGGUCUCCUCAAUCUGCUGCCGGUGGUCAGAGCCUCCACCAAAGUCCUUCUUUGUGGCUGUGGUCUGUCUCCUCACAGCUGUGCUCCUCUGGCCUUAGUCCUCAGCUCCUCCAGUCUCACACAUCUGGAUCUCACUAACAACGACCUCCAGGACUCAGGAGUGGAGCUGCUGUGUUCUGGACUGAAGAGCGCCCCCUGCAGACUGGAGACUCUCAGGCUGUCUGGAUGUCUGGUCUCAGAGAGGGGCGGGGCUGCUCUGGCCUCAGCUCUGAGCUCCGCCUCCUCCCACCUGAGAGAGUUAGACCUCAGCUACAACCAUCCAGGACCCUCAGCAGAGCUCCUGACCGCUCUACGGGACGACCCCCACUGCCCCCUGCAGUCUCUCAGGUUGGAUCCUGCUGGAGAACAGUGGAUGGUCCCAGGUCUGAGGAAGUAACCGUCACCUUAUCGUGGUGGAGGGGUUUGAGUGCCCGAAUGACCCCGGGAGCUAUGUUGUCGGGGGCUUCAUGCCCCUGGUAGGGUCACCGAACGUAAACAGGUCCUGGGGGACGGGUCAGACGAAGAGUGGUUCAGAAGCCUCAUAUGAUGAGUUACACACUGGGUGCUCGCCAGCAAGUGCCUGGUGGCUGUGCAGAGUACCCGGCCUUCUUGGAGUCCCUGGGAGGGGUACUAGACAGUGCACCGACUGGGAACUCCGUUGUUCUCCUGGGGGACUUCAACGCCCAUGUGGGCAAUGACACUUGGAGAGGGGUGAUUGGGAGGAAUGGCCUCCCUGAUCUGAACCCGAGCGGUGUUCUGUUACUGGACUUCUGUGCUAGUCACAGUUUGUCCAUAACAAACACCAUGUUCGAGCACAAGGGUGUCCAUAAGUGCACCUGGCCAGAGGUCGAUGAUCGACUUUGUAGUCGUGUCAUCUGACCUCCGGCCGCGUGUCUUGGGGAGGCUGGAGAUAUGGAGUCCGAGUGGGCUUCAUUCUCGGUCUCUAUUGUCAAUGCGGCUGCUCGGAGCUGUGGGCGUAAGGUCUGUGGUGCCUGUCGUGGCGGCAACCCCAGAACCCGGUGGUGGACACCGGAAGUAAGGGAAGCUGAACCACAGGGGAAUCACACUUCUCAGCCUUCCCGGUAAGGUCUAUGCCAGGGUACUGGAGAGGAGAAUCCGGCCGAUAGUCGAACUUCGGAUUCAGGAGGAGCAGUGUGGUUUUCGUCCUGGCCGUGGAACACUGGACCAGCUCUACACUCUCCAUCGGGGGCUCGAGGGUUCAUGGGAGUUUGCCCAACCAGUCCACAUGUGUUUUGUGGAUCUGGAGAAGGCAUUCGACCGUGUCCCUCGUGGUGUCCUGUGGGGGGUGCUCUGGGAGUAUGGGGUCUGGGGCCCUUUGCUAAGGGCUGUCCGGUCCCUGUAUGACCGGAGCAGGAGCUGUGUUCGUUGCCGGCAGUAAGUCAGACCUGUUCCCGGUGCAUGUUGGACUCCGCCAGGGCUGCCCUUUGUCACCGGUUCUGUUCAUUGUAUUUAUGGACAGAAUUUCUAGGCGCAGUCAGGGGUGGAGGGGGUCCGGUUUGGGGACCACAGAAUUUCAUCUCUGCUGUUUGUGGAUGAUGUUGUCCUGUUGGCUUCAUCGAACCAGGACCUGCAAUGUGCACUGGGGCGGUUUGCUGCCGAGUGUGAAGCUGCUGGGAUGAAGAUCAGCUCUUCUAAGUCUGAGGUCAUGGUUCUCGAUCGGAAAAAGAUGGCUUGCCUUCUCCGGGUGGGUGGGGAGUCCCUGCCUCAAGUGGAGGAGUUCAAAUAUCUCGGGGUUUUGUUCUCAAGUGAGGGGAGGAUGAAGCGUGAGAUUGACAGAUGGAUCGGUGCAGCGUCGGCAGUGAUGCGGUCGCUGUAUCGGACCGUUGUGGUGAAGAGGAACUGAGCCGAAAGGCGAAGCUCUCAAUUUACCGGUCAGUCUUCGUUCCUACUCUCACCUCUGGUCAUGAGCUCUGGGUAGUGACCGAAAGGACAAGAUCGCCGAUACAAGCGCACGAAACGAGUUUCCUCCGCAGGGUGGCUGGGCGCUCCCUUAGAGAUAGGGUGAGGAGCUCAGUCACACGGGAGGAGCUCGGAGUAGAGCCGCUGCUCCUCCACAUUGAGAGGAGCCAGUUGAGGCUCGGGCAUCUGUUCUGGAUGCCUCCUGGGCGCCUCCCUCGGGAGGUGUUCCAGGCAUGUCCCACAGGGAGGAGGCCCCGGGGAAGACCCAGGACACACUGGAGGGACUAUGUCUCUCGACUGACCUGGGAAUGCCUCGGGGUUCUGAGCUGGAGGACAUGUCUGGGGUGAAGGAAGUCUGGGAGUCCCUGCUUAGACUGAUGCCCCCGCGACCCGGCAUCGGAUAAGCGGAAGAAAAUGGAUGGAUGGAACUUUCAUAUUCUCAGGAGCAGGAAGUGACGUCAUGUGUUUGUGUCCUCAGAUUCCUGUGAGUUUUCUCUGGAUCCACACACAGCUCACAGAAAACUCAAACUAUCUGAGGACAAACGGACAGUGACCUGUGUGAGAGAGGAGCAGCAGUAUCCAGCUCAUGAGGACAGAUUUACAGACAGGUGUCAGGUC